GGGCGGCGCCAUGGAUGGAGCGGGGGAAGGAAACAACCUAUCAAGAUCUCACUAAAGCUCUAGCUGGGAGCGCUGAAACUCUUGGCAGUUGGUUCUUCAGUCCGCUUAUUAAGGGAAUGGAUCAAGCUGACCGCCAAUAAUUUAAAGAAGCAGAAAAUCAAAUCAGCGAGAGCUGGCUUCGCUUUGGAACCGCUGAUCUCUUCAUGCCACCACAUGAAUCGCGGGGCAGAGUUUGGACAUACGUUCUUGCACUCUUACACUGCAUCAUGGCAUCAAAAUUUUCACCAUUCUUAAUCAAAGACAUUCUUACUGGCAUUGAUGUUCCUCUUAAGAAACCCAACAGUACAGCUACUGAAGAGCUUCACGCACUUGCGCGCAAUUUACGCACUGGCUUUGACAGCGCCAUACAGCAAAGUCUUUCUCCUGGUAUAAGCGUGUCUCAAAGCCACCUAUCCAACAGCUGCAGGGCAGAGAGAGGGGUUGUGACUCAAUUUGGAGAAGAGUGUGCCAAAGCGGAGUGUGUGGAGCAGGAUACGCGGCAGAGGAUCCAAGUGGAUUCAGGAAAAAAAGGGGCCCACCUCCACCACGGCGGAGAGGCGCUCAGCUGCUCCCACGAGCAGCGCCGCUCCACGCAGGUUGCCAAGAAGCGCUCCAGAGCGGCCUUUUCCCACACGCAGAUCCACGAGCUGGAGCACCGAUUCAGCACCCAGAGGUACCUCUCUGGUCCCGAGCGGGCAGAACUAGCCUGCACCCUGAAGCUUACAGAGACCCAGGUGAAAAUCUGGUUCCAGAACCGGAGAUACAAAACGAAACGGCGCCAGUUGGCAACAGACCUGACAGCGCUGAGCUCUCCAAAGACUGUAGCGGUUAAAGUGCUGAUGAGAAACGAGCAAAAGCAUUGGAUUCCGGGCAGUGGAGCCCAGUUUCCCAUGACUGUUACAAUAUACCACGGCUAUCAGUACCACCCCUACUCACAUCAGUGGUACCAGCCACACAGCAUUGGCAGGAGGUUGGGUGGAGGAAUGUUCUGAUGUCCCAUAAAACACAAAGAUCAAUGCAUUACACAGAGAUGUGUGCAUUUUGUAGUGUGUUUGACGCCUUUCUGUAAAAUGACAGCCUACUCCAAAUUGAAUGCAUUGUAUUAAUUAAAAUUAUGAACAUUUAAUUUAGCAUUUAAUGCAGUUGGACAAAGAUUGUUUAAGAAAUAAUUAUUCAUUUUUAUUCCUGCAGAGGGACAAACUGAAAGAAAUGUUAGGGCAGAAAAACCUUAGCCAAGAGCUUCUAACAAAAAGAGAUAUUCAGAUACAAUGUAGUGACUAAGCAGGAACAGGGAUAACAAGCUUCCAGUCCAUCUUUGAAAGGAGCUUAUAUACAUGACUGUGUGAGAGAGCAGGAGAAUGAUGCCAACAAUAAGCAAACUCCAUGCAGAAAGACCCAAUACUGGAAUUUAAGCAUUGUUGGUGCAAAACAACAGUGCUAAAAGCUGCAUCACCAUGCAACCUACCUCAAAAUGAAUAAUAUAAAACUUACCAUGUAAAGGGGUUACACUUCAGUUUAUAUUUAUUAUUAUGCAUUACAAUACAAGAUCAUGUUUUGUUGUUUUUACUCAAUUGUCCUCUGUAAAACCCCUUUUCUGACUCUUCUAAACCAACAAAAUUGUGCAUGAACAACAAAGACUGAUAUUUUUAGAUUUUGGUUUCCAAAUGGUUGUUGAUAUUCAUAUCUUGCUGACUCAAUCUUUAUCUUGAAUCUUACUUUUAAUGAUUUUUUUUUAUACAUCCCAAUGUGUGCAAAUUAUAUAUUUUAGUUAUUCUGCUGUUGUGUGCUUCAGAUGAUUCAGACAGGCUAAAUAGACCAUGUUGCACCACUCUGCUCCCCGCUAUCUGUAAAGCACACAUUAUUCAUUGUUUGGCUUCCAGUAAAAUACCCACAUGUUGAAGGAAUUGGAACAACGACCACAACUGAUAUGGAAAUAAAACAUCAUUCCUACUCAAGUGGAAAAGUGUA